AUGUCCAAAUUUACGUUCAUUCGUGCACAAACAGAAUCUGGAAGAUCAACUAAAUGGGGAGAUAAUUUCAGAGAACAGCAAGUGAAAAUUACUUGUAACUGUACAAAAAGGGCUUUUAGCGAAACCAAAAGCGCAAAUGACUCGUAUACAAAACAGAAUACAAUGAAAACAUUUUGCAUGACGAAACAAUUUCCGAAAGCAAUUUUAGUUGGCAUGACAAAAGGAGGUACUACGGCCUUGAUGGACUUUUUAAAGGCGCAUCCACUGCUUUCUCCAAGGUAUAUUAGGCCUGAUACCAGAUAUUUUAAUCAUUAUUAUGAGAAACCAUAUGACUGGUACAGAAAUCUAAUGCCAUGUAGCUAUCAUAACCAAAUCACCAUUUCCAAGUCAACCGAAUAUUUUUUCACACCGGGAAUUGCCGAAAAAAUACGGAAAUUUGACCCUUCGAUGAAAAUACUUAUCAUGGUUAGAGAACCUAUAGACAGGGCUAUGUCACAAUAUGUGAUGUGGAAACAUCAGGCAAAAUUUAGAAUUGGAAAUGCGUCAUUUGAAGAGGCAGUGACGACAGGAAGAAAUAAAGAAAUUGACAAAGAUUCUCGACUUAUUAUUGUUUCAAAUUAUCAAAGACACAUGAAAGCCUGGAUAGAUAAUUUUAGUUUGAAACAGAUUUUAAUCAUUGAUGGUCUAAAUUUUGUGAAAAAUCCAGCUGAUGAGUUAAACAAGUUGGAAGAUUUUCUAGGGGUAGAUCGUUACUUUACUCCGGACAGUUUUGUUUUAUAA